UUAGAUUGCCAUAUCCCAACACAUCCAGUUAUAGCAAAGUUAUAUUGCCAUAUCCCAACACAUCUAGUUGUAGCAAAAUUAGAUUGCCAUAUCCCAACUCAUCCAAUUGUAGCAAAGUUAGAUUGUCAAAUCCCAACACAUCCAGUUGUAGCAAAGUUAGAUUGCCAUAACCCAACACAUCCAGUUGUAGCAAGAUUAGUUUGUCAUAUCCCAACACAUCCAGUUGUAGCAAAAUUAGAUUGCCAUAUCCCAACUCAUCCAGUUGUAGCAAAGUUAGAUUGUCAAAUCCAAACACAUCCAGUUGUAGCAAAGUUAGAUUGCCAUAUCCCAACACAUCCAGCUGUAGCAAAGUUAGAUUGUCAUAUCCCAACACAUCCAGUUGUAGCAAAGUUAGAUUGUCAUAUCCCAACACAUCUAGUUGAAGCAAAGUUAGAUUGCCAUAUCCCAACACAUCCAGUUGUAGCAAAAUUAGAUUGCCAUAUCCCAACACAUCCAAUUGUAGCAAAAUUAGAUUGCCAUAUCCCAACUCAUCCAGUUGUAGCAAAACUAGAUUGUCAAAUCCCAACACAUCCAGUUGCAGCAAAGAUAGAUUGCCAUAUCCCAACACAUCCAGUUGUAGCAAAGUUAGAUUGCCAUAUCCCAACACAUCCAGUUGUAGCAAAUGAAAAUCUUACUCUGGUAAGGAUAAAAAUAGUUGAACUCUGGAGGUUAAAGACAGUUAGUACGCGCUUGUUGGAAUUUCCCUAUUGCUGCGAUUUCGGCGUUCAACGCAGUACAAAAGAUUUGCAGAAAAUCAGAAACGGUGGACAGAUAUGUUAG